CAAUGCAUGACCUACUUUCGCGGCAAAUGCGUCAUGGGAUCUCAUAAGUCAGUUCAUUCAUAACAAUUUUAAAGAGAGGCGUUUCACUAGACACAUAUAUAGUUAAUUUAAAGACUUAUUUUAUUGAAAAAAGUACCAAGGACGUCGAAUCACAUGAUCUAGGUUAGCCAAUGAGGGUCUUCACCGCACCCUGUUUUGGUUCAAGGUCAAAGUACACGAAAAUGGCGGCUGCAGGCUCAUGGACAAAGGUGAUUGAUUUAGACCAACUGUGACAUUAGACGUCCAUCGCCGCGUCCCAUUUUACCAUCCGUGGAUGCCUUAACAUCUCAGCAUCAGGGCCGUAUGUUAACUGUUAUAUUCCUUAUGUGAUAAGGCGAGUAAUUAUUUGACAGACUAGUAUUAAUGGCAUCAUUUCAUGGGUUUGGAGGAGAAUAACACAUGCGAUGUCUCUGAACAGACUCCUCGUAGAGCCUUAACCAUCGAGCGGUAUGCUCUCCAUAAAAGUGCAGACAAAGCUAAGAAGCUAAUGGAUCGACUCAGGCCGACACGCAGAGACUAUGAGAACCUUGAUCGACAACCGCUGUGGACAGCUAUCUUUGAUUACAAAGCCACCAGGGCAGACGAGCUAACCCUACGACGGGGUACCCAGGUUGAAGUUCUCUCCAAAGAUGCCAAAAUAUCCGGAGAUGAGGGCUGGUGGACGGGUCGUGUUGGUGCCAAAGUGGGAAUAUUCCCGUCGAAUUUUGUGCAGCAGACGGCUGUGGUUAAAAAGAUCUCUCCAGGUUCAUUCAAGGAUCGACCGUUUGAGAUUCAGUUUGAAGAACUUAAAUUAUCCGAAGUCAUUGGAGUUGGUGGGUUUGGGAAGGUGUACAGGGGAGAGUGGAGAGGUAUAGAGGUGGCAGUGAAAGCAGCAAGACAAGACCCCGAUGAACCUCUAGAGGAGAGCAUUAAAAAUGUGAAACAAGAAGCCAAACUUUUUUGGCUGUUGAACCACAUCAAUGUUGCAGCAUUGAAAGGAGUUUGUUUAAAACCACCCAACUUAUGCCUUGUUAUGGAAUAUGCUAGAGGUGGUUCAUUGAACAGAGUGCUCAAUCAGCCAGAGAGACUAAUACCCCCUGAAAUUUUAGUUGACUGGGCCAUACAGAUUGCCAGGGGAAUGUACUAUUUACACGAAGAAGCACCUAUACAUAUUGUGCAUAGAGAUCUCAAAUCCAGCAAUAUUCUACUCAAAGAGCCUAUUGAAAAUAAUGACUUGGAAAAGAAGACACUUCUUAUAACAGACUUUGGGUUAGCCAGGGAAGUAUACAAGACAACUAGGAUGAGUGCUGCCGGGACAUAUGCCUGGAUGGCACCUGAAGUCAUAAAGUCAUCCACAUUUUCAAAAGCUAGUGAUGUUUGGAGUUAUGGUGUAUUACUAUGGGAGCUUCUGACAGGAGAGGUGCCUUACAAAGGAAUAGACACUCUGGCAGUGGCUUAUGGUGUGGCUGUGAACAAACUCACUUUACCAAUUCCAUCCACAUGUCCUGUGCCUUUUAGCAAGCUACUAGAAGACUGCUGGCACCCGGACCCUCACUUUCGACCAACAUUCCAAGAUAUCCUUGAAGAAUUAGUGGAUAUCCAGGACUCAGACUGGCUGGACCAACCUCAAGACUCCUUCCACUUACUUCAGGAAGACUGGAAAGUAGAAAUUCAGGAAAUGUUUGAUGAACUAAGAUCAAAAGAAAAGGAACUUCGAUCUAGAGAAGAAGAGCUCACCAAAGCAGCACUACAACAAAAACUUCAGGAGGAGUUUCUAAGGAAACGUGAGCAAGAGCUGGCAGAGCGUGAGAUUGACCUGCUGGAACGGGAACUCAAUGUCAUGAUUCUGCAACAAGUGAUGAGCAAACCCACACCCAAGAAAAGAAAAGGGAAAUUCAACAAGAAGAGGCUCAAGCAAUUAAAACACGGACAGAUUAGUGAGCCCUCAGACUUCAGGCACAAUAUCACUGUCCAGCAGGAAACUCCCUCUAGAAAACCCUCCAGUCCAGACAGCCCACCGCAGUCUCCGGUCUUUCCACCAAGGUUAAGAGCAAUAGCAUACCCAGCAGAUGGAGUGAAAGGUAAAACUUGGGGACCAAGCACUGUGCAAAGAGAUCGGCAUCAUCGGCACUCCUGGAUAUUCUCCAAUGGUCAGUGGUCUAAGAGUGCCCCGAGUCUGGAGAAGACUCUACGUCAACUUGGUCCAUUUUCGUAUGGAGGAGCUCUUCAGGAGCUUGACUAUGAAGAUGAUGAAUGGCCAGACACUCUAGGGGAGACAAAAUCUCGGUCUAUCAACUUCCCUUCCAGCAUGGAUACCACCAUCACUGCCUCCACCAUGCCACACUCUACCAUCAAUACCUCUGCAACACCAACAUCCUCAACGUCUAGUUUGAAACGUUUUUUCACUAGGAAAAAGAGAGACCAGGUCUUGGUCAAUAUUGCUGCCAUGUUAGGCUCAGUGGCAGCAGGAUUUGAUAUCAGGAUUUCAAAUACGACUGCAAUACAUCCUACUCUAAGUCACACCAGUGAUGAGGACAGUGUGCCGCGAAAACGGGAUUCUUUUAUCGGUCAAAGGCGGGAUGCUUAUUUGGCAGCUGUGAGGGAUUCCUUUAUCGAGCCCUCCUUUGUUGAUCAGGAUGAUGAGGAACACUUCUAUGUUAAUGCAUAUGAGCAUCAGAGCAGGUCAGGGUAUCCUUUUCAUACAUGGAGUGGAGUGCAGACCAAGUACCGGCCUGCCAUGAAUUUUGAUGUCCCUAUUCGUUUUGAGGAAACUGCCACCACAAAUGGGAGAGGUAGUAACAAUAACUUGGUAGAUCAGAUCAAUGGAGUCAAUAGUCCCGCGUCAUCCACCACCCCUUCUCCUUCUCCUCGGAAACUGUCAGAUGAAGCAGACCCCAAUCUUGUUUCUUUAUAUCAGCGUCAGGCCUCAGACACCAGUUCUUCAUACUCAUCAAACUAUGAAAC